AGUGACAACCCAGAUUUGACUGCUGGACACGAGCUGCAGACUCACGUGGAGGAAGAUAGAAAAUGGGCCGGGUUCCUCUCCUGCUUCCCGCCACUGCUUGAAUCAUUCCACUUUGGGUUGGAGCGCCUCCUCCCAGUAUGACGUCCAGUGCCGGGAUAGGGUGGAGAUAGUGGCGUUCAUUCAUUCUCCUUCAGCAGUGUACCUCACCAAAUAUAGAAGAAGUACUCCUCCCAAAACAGAGGAACCUUUGUUUAAAUGUUCGGAGUCACUUUUGUUUCAGUUUUUGUCAUAAUUGGAAGAUUUCUUUUGAAUUUAUUGGAAAGCAAAAAUAGUAUGAACUGGUAGGAACUUGUUUGCUCUUUACUUGAUUAGUGUGGAGACAUUUAUAUCAGCGUUGCUCUAGUAAGUCUUUGUGCAGAUCUCGAAAACAGAUCCUUGCACAGGUUUGACCCCCACAUAAGGAAACGUCAGAGUCCCCAGGAAGGCGUCACACUGCCACCUUGUGGCCGCCUGAAACACCACAGUGGAUUUGUUCCUACAUGUCCACCAGAUUAUGUCCAGGCAUGUACCGAGCUGGAGAGAGGAGGGCUGGUGAGUCACUGACGGCUGCCAGCCUGUUUAAAAGCAGCGCUGCAGUCAGGCUGCUUCUUCACACAGGAGGUGUUAAACACGGCAGGAAGAUGUGCAGAAUCAUGGCUCCUCACAAGCCGACGCUGAGCUCCUUAGGGGGGAACAGGCGGGUCCGCAGGAACCUGUUCGGCCCUGUGGACCGAGACCAGCUGCAGGCGGAGUACCAGGCAGCGCUGCGCAAGGACCUGGACGAAGCGUCCAAACGAUGGGGCUUUGACUUCAAGUCGUACAAGCCUCUGGAGAGCAGCGACUUCAAGUGGGAGGGCAUCCCAGAAACCAGGGUGCCACUGCUCUACCGGUCCUGCGUGCCGGCGGAGGGCCUGGGGCUGGCAGGAGGGGCUGUUCCGACCAAACCAGCAAGGGUGGAGAAGGAGAACAUCCCUCAGACGCCAGGGAAGUGGAAACUGCAGGACCUGAAGAAAACGCCAGAGAAGGGAGACAAAGCUGCGCUGAAGAGGAAACAGACGAAUAUUACAGAUUUCUAUCAGGCCAAGAGACGAGUUGUGUGGAAGCCGAGGAAAUCCGGGGAGUGAUUUUCACUGAAACGCUGCCAAAGCUCCCGAGAAACCACACAGGCAGCACCUGACUCAGGAAUCAUAUGUUCCACUGACUUAUGACCACACAGACUACAACCAUGAAUCAUAUAGACAAAAAAACCCAGAGGGGACCUCAGCUGCUCGUCAACGCUACAGUAUACGGUAAUUAGGGUACUGUAAAGGAGGGAGCUGGCUUGUUUUUUCCCCCGCCGGUGGUAAGAUGGGGGCAUUUGAGCAGAAAAGAUUAACAGUAAUCCCUGGAAUCAGUGGAUUUAUAUUCAUUUGGAUCAAGGGCUCGCCAAAGUGCUGACUGACAUUUGCUGUGGUCGUCCAUCCCACGGCUCUUUCAAAAACCUCAGCUUCACGGUGACUCUACCUCUCUAAGGAAACAUGAAAACCUGGAUGGAGCGAUUUGAGAUGUCGCUGAGGCUAUUAGGUUCGCAGGAAGAAGCUGAAGACCAGGAGGAAGCACUUUGUCUCCUUUGUUCAAAUGCACUGUUGUUUUUUUUUACUGUUUUUUCUACUUCUUGUACUUUGUAUGAAAAUACUUGAGGAGCUCUGAUAUCUUGAACAUGCAGAAGCUUUGCUUAUACGCUAAAUGACAGAAGUGCCACCCUGUUUUUUUUCCAUCCAAUCUACUGUAUAUAAAAGUUGUCAUUUUUAAAAAAUCAACCCAGACAAUAUAACAGAGUUAUUAACUUCUAGCUCUUGUUUAUAGGAUAUAUGUUGUAAUCUAACUCAGAUUGAGAUAUAAAGUUUUAUUUAGCAUAGUAGCAUUAAAUUAAAAACAUUGCCGUAUUGCACAUCCAGAGCCUUUACUGUGCCUCUCUGUAUUUUUAAGCUCCAUAAACGACAAUCAGAAGAAAGUGUUCCUGAACACAAAUGUGUUAUUUGCCAAGCUAAAGUACAUUUUAUCAAACAAAGCGUGUUCCUUUGGGGGGUUUUUUUCUCGUCCUGACAUUUAUCUCUGUUCUGGCAAACCCUGCUGCUAUGGAUAAUCUGAACGGGUCGCAGACGAGGGCCUGUAAUUCUAAUCCUUUACAUACUGACAGCUUUGAAAUGUCCACCGCUGCAAAUCCGAGGCAGAAAACUGCCAGACACAAUGAAUGCACUUCUGUUAGUAGACGCUUGUGCACAAACCUUACAAAUAUAUUGUUUCUGUUAAAGAAAAGCUGCAAAAAUGUCUAUUCCUUUAUUUAUUGAAAGAUGAUGUUCCAAGUGUCUAUUUAGAUUGUCUAAUUAUGACAUUUCCUAACCUCAAUAAAUGUUUCAAAUGUA